UGCAUGUAUUAAUCAUCACCUCUACUAGCUAGCUAUAGCUCUAGUUCUACUCUAAUUGCGCAGUCGAUCGAACGUACACUGCCAAUCAAAUCAACUGCGAGCUUGCAAUGGAGAGAGGAGCGAGCUUUGCAGUGGUGAUGGCGGCCAUGGCGGUGGUUCUGGCCACCACAUCGACGGCGCAGGCCCAGACCACGGCGACCGACAUCGUCAACAUCCACAACGCCGCCCGGAGCGCCGUCGGCGUCCCGGCGCUGUCGUGGGACGACAACCUGGCGGCGUACGCGCAGGGCUACGCGAACCAGCGCGCCGGCGACUGCGCGCUGCGGCACUCCGAUCGCAACAACUAUCAGUACGGCGAGAACCUGUCGUGGAACCCCUCCGUGCAGGCGUGGACGGCGGCGAGCUCCGUCGACCAGUGGGUGGCGGAGAAGGGCUCCUACGACUACGCCAGCAACAGCUGCGUCGGCGGCGCCAUGUGCGGCCACUACACGCAGGUCGUGUGGCGCGACACCACCGCCGUCGGAUGCGCCGCCGUCGCCUGCAACGCCAACCGAGGCGUCUUCUUCAUCUGCACCUACUUCCCCGCCGGCAACGUCCAAAACCAGAGGCCGUACUAGCUACCGUAUACGUAUACGUAUACGUACGUACGUAACGUAUAUGCUAUGGAAUAUAUUUUGCUACUACUCUAGUAUAUAUUGUACGUAUAAAUCUUUCUGCUCUCAGUAGAUAUAUAUGCGCAUAUAUGUACGAACUACUAUGUAUGUUCGUAUGUAUAUAUGUACGCACAUCGAUCUGCAUGCGUAUGCAUGAUCAGUGUGUUGGAUGCAAUAAGUACGUCAUGAUGCAGACGUAUUGAGUAUCUACAAAUACAGAUAUAUAUGUAUCCGGUGUGUAUUUUUAUUACAAAUUACUCCCUCCGUAUUUUAAUGUAUGACGCCAUUGAUUUUUCAACCAA